AUGAAUGCCACUGUAUUGCCACCAAUAUUACCAAAUGCGAAUACUGAAGGUUCUCAGUGCGGUGAGAACUUUAUCGAUGAAACAUGCAACAUUGCUGAUGUCAAUGCUGAUCACGUUUUGGAUAGAAUCGGUUCUCGUAAUCGUUUUAUACUUUUUACGACAUCAAUAUUAUCAUUCGGAUGGGCUGUUGGUGCGAUGCCUCUCAUGAAUAGCGCUUUUAUUAUUAGCACUAAACUUUGCAGUAAUACCACCGACGAUUUGGCAGAAACUGGUGAAAGUUGCGAUGACCGAACAACUGUAACAGGAGAUUUCGGACUUGAAGAUGAUAGAAAGUAUUUAGCAGACUGGACUACCUCAAUGUUCAUGAUGGGCAAUAUGGUUGGUGCGAGUACGUUACCUUAUUUCUCCGAUCGGAUUGGGCGCCGACCUAUUCUGAUAAUUAGUUUAAUAAUACUUGGUAUUACUGGGUGUGUUUCGUCUUUCGCCCCAAAUAUAUAUUUAUUCACAGCUGGAAGAUUUUUUCAAGGAUUUUUCAUGCCAGGAGUUUGUCUUGUUGGGUGGGUUCUCGGUUAUGAAUGCAUUCCAGUAAGUCUUCGAGGAUUUGCAACUUUAAUGUAUGGAUUGAUGUGGGUUGUCGGUUAUUGCGCUAUAGCACCACUGGCUUAUUUUCUCCGAAACUGGCGAGCGCUCUUGAUUGCUUCAACAUUUCCAUCUGUUAUUGUUGGAAUUAUAUAUUUCUUCGUUAUUCCCGAAAGUUUGCAUUAUAUUAUUGCAAAAAAGAAAGAUAGGCGAGCGAUCGCAUGGAUCAGAAACGCUUCUAAGCAUAGACAAAGCAGAAUGACCAAACAAAAUGAGGAAGAAUUAGUCGACUGCCUCAAGGCAAUGAGCAGUGAAUCGCGAGAAAACGACGGAAGGACAUCAGAUACUUUAAUAUACUUCGGUUUAUCUUUGUACUCAACAAAGCUUGCCGGUAAUAAAUACUGGAAUUACGUCCUUUCUGGCUUAAUAGAAUUACCUGCUUACUUGCUUGCACCACCAAUGCUUGAAAGCUUUGGUCGAAAACCGAUCGUUGUCUGGACUCAUACUUUAACUGCUGCUAUGCUUAUUGGGAUUGUAUUUAUUCCGGCAGAAAUGAACUGGAUCUCUUCACUACUCUGGCUAGUUGGCAAAUUCGCAAUAUCAUGUUCAUUUAUGUGCAUGUUUGUGUAUGCAAGCGAAAUAUUUCCGACAACAAUAAGAAAUAUAUGCAUUGGUCUGUGUUCACUAUUAGCUCGAAUAGGAGGAAUCGCUGCACCUUAUGUUGGAUUACUGGUUGGCAUAAGUUAUUUAAUAUUAUUUAAUAUUAGAAUACUAUCAUCGACGAAGAAACCCAUCAUAAAGACAAGCAGUAAAAAAUCUCUCAAAUCUUAA